AUGAAAGUAGCCGCUGCAAAUCCUGUGUUUAUAAAAGAAUUUUUGAAAAUCCACAAUGAAUAUAGAUAUAGGCAUGGAGUUGAGCCUUUGAAGUUGAGCAGAAACAUUUGUAAAAUAAGUCAGACCCACGCAAACUGCCUAAUGGAGGGCACGACCGUCGAGCAAGCAAGCAGCAACCAGAAAUAUGGAGAGAACAUCUACAUGGCCAACAGUUUACCGGACACUCUCCUCAAUCCGAACGAACCACUACGAGAAUGGUACAACGAAAUAUCAAACUACGAUUUCACGCAAGAGCCGGAUCCUUCGUCAAAAUGCAAAAACUUCACGCAAAUGAUUUGGAAGGAUUCCAAAGAGAUCGGCGUCGGUUUUGUCUCUUUCGAACAUACUCACAUUGUGGUUGCAAGUUAUAGUCCGUGUGGUAACAUCGGAGGACGAUAUUUGGAGAACGUUCUUCCUGUACGAGAAGAUACCA